GGGGGGGGGGGGUGGCCGGCAGAGCGCGGCGGGGUGUGGUGGUUUUUCAUCAUGAGUACUACUAUGGCGCUGGGUCCCGAGCAGGCACAGAGCAAGCUGAGGGCUGUGUCUGUGGACCUGAAUAUUGAUCCUUCCCUCCAGAUUGAUAUCCCAGAUGCUCUGAGUGAAAAAGAUAAAGUGAAGUUCACAGUACAUACUAAGACCACGCUGCCAACUUUUCAAAGCCCUGAGUUUUCUGUUACAAGACAGCAUGAAGACUUUGUGUGGUUACAUGACACACUCUCUGAAACUGAAGACUAUGCCGGACUUAUUAUACCUCCAGCACCCUCAAAGCCUGACUUUGAUGGUCCCAGAGAAAAGAUGCAGAAGCUUGGGGAAGGAGAAGUGUCUAUGACAAAAGAAGAAUUUGCCAAAAUGAAGCAAGAACUAGAAGCGGAAUACCUUGCUGUCUUCAAGAAGACUGUAUCGUCUCAUGAAAUUUUCCUUCAGCGAAUUUCUUCUCAUCCUGUGAUCAGCAGAGAUCACAAUUUCCACGUUUUUCUAGAGUAUGACCAGGAUCUAACUGUCCGGAGGAAAAAUACGAAAGAAAUGUUUGGUGGCUUUUUAAAAAGCAUGGUGAAGAGUGCUGAUGAAGUCCUCUUCUCUAGUGUGAAGGAGGUAGAUGACUUCUUUGAACAAGAGAAGACUUUCCUUGUGAACUAUUAUAACAGAAUCAAGGAUGCAUGUGCAAAAGCAGAUAAGAUGACAAGAUCUCAUAAAAAUGUUGCAGAUGACUACAUCUACAUCUCUGUUUGUUUGAACAGCCUGGCACUGGAGGAGCCAACAGUCAUCAAAAAGUACUUGCUGAAAGUUGCUGAACUCUUUGAAAAACUGAGGAAGGUAGAGAGUCGUGUUUCAUCUGAUGAAGAUUUAAAGCUGUCUGAGUUACUGAGAUACUACAUGGUUAACAUAGAAGCAGCAAAGGAUCUCUUGUACAGGCGUACUCGGGCUCUUGUUGAGUAUGAGAACUCCAACAAAGCUCUGGAUAAAGCUAGAUUAAAAAGCAAAGAUGUCAAACAGGCAGAGGCACAUCAGCAAGACUGUUGUCAAAAGUUUGAGAAGCUUUCAGAGUCUGCAAAACAAGAACUGAUCACCUUCAAACAGAAGAGAAUAGCAGCCUUCCGUAAAAACCUAAUUGAAAUGACAGAACUGGAAAUAAAGCAUGCAAAGAACAAUGUCUCUCUCCUGCAAAGUUGCAUUGACUUGUUCAAGAACAACUAAGACACCUUAUUCUGCAAAUGUGAAAAAGCAUCAAUUGCACUCAGUGGCCAUGGGGAAAUUCAUAUUUAGCUUAACUCCUUUAGGUUCCAAUAUUUGGUCUUCUGGACACUUGACUAAUAAUUAACCAUGUUGAUUGACACCAACGUUGGCUUCCAUGGUAUAAAUGAAAGCUGGAUUGCAUAUGGAUUACUUGGAUGUAGCUAACCUCCUGUUGAGGUACUUGCACUUAAAGUGAGUGCCAAGGACAAGAACUAGAGUCCAAAAUGUUGAUCAUGUGUCCAUCUGAUAAUGGAGAUAAUUUUGAUUUCUCCCCCCUCACAAAGGGUGAAAAUUCUGUCAGUAUAUUGGAGCUGUCUGCAGAAUGUCAAAAGUGGGAAUGGCUUAUGUAAAAAUUCCCAAGUAGUUUUAUAAAUUAAUAUCCUAACAUUCCACUUGGGCAGAUUUCUACUACAAUAUAUUUUGGAUUUCUAUAACUACAUUCAUAUUUGUACAGUUGGGUGAUACAGCAAAAUAAAGAUGUCUGAUAUGGUUGUGCAUCAUUCUGUAGGCAAAGUAAAGGUCUAUCUAUGGACAGGGGAUACACGCUUUGAAGAUGCUUCAAUCUGUGUUUUCUGAUGACUUUGUCAAUGGAGGAAGACAUUUUGCAAUAUGUAAGCUGCUGCAUUGUUUCACUUCUGUUGAAGUGGAACACAAUUCAUGUCAAUCCUACUUCUUGUGAUUUUUUUUUUUUUUUUUUUUUUUUUUUUUUUUCCCCUGCGAACUAGCUUUUGUUAAAUCCUGCACACCAAAUCCAGUGAACAAACCUUGAGGAAACUUUCAACUUUUCAAACUAUAGUGUCUGAGAUUUGAGGAGGCAAGUCUACCUAAUAUGACUUAAAAACAAAAAUUUCCAUCCCUGCACAUCCCUAUUUUAUUUUGUUUUGAAACCUGUACAUUUCAUGAAGGUGGCCUACAUGAGCUUUUAAAUGCAGUGGUGGCCAGCAUUUGGCAGAUCAGGGAAGGAGGGCAGCACUGUGGUAAGUAAGGUAUCAAGCAGAAGGCACACCAGCAGAUCAGGCAGGGCAAGAGGGUUGGCACAGUACUUGACUGCAGUGUGACAAGGAGUGCUUAAUUUUGUGGCACGCUGGCCAAAAAGACCGGUCUCUACUGCCUUAAUGCAGUACUUCUAAAAUGACUGACUUCAAAGUGGGUGGCCAAGCUAGUAGGCAGACUGAUUUUAUUUAUUUUUUUUUAAAUGGGGUAUGCUUGUUGUUUCUUUAGAGCUGACUUCCAUGUGCCACCGUGUACCCCCCCGGGCGGUCUAGUACCUGGCCAACACUAACUCCUGUCUUUCCACUGAAAAGCAUGGAACAAAUUGGCUCUACAGCCUAGUGACAGAGCUGGGAUUAGAAUCUGGCUCUAACUAGCAGCCUACACAAGCUCGUUAAAGCUAUUGCUUUAACUUGGGGGCAGGCAAUUAUUUCAGGUGGAGGACUGCAUACUGAGUUUUUUUUUGGCAAGCCAUCAAGGGCUGCAUGACAGGCAGCCAGGGGCAGAUAAAUAUUAAUUUUCUAAAUUUUUUAGGAGCCCUGCAGGUCAGAUAGAAUGGCCUGGCAGGUUACAUUCUGCCUGCUCCUACUUUAACUGGUCACCAUCUGAUGCAUCUUUUCAUGCUCGUGCUGUAGGUAGACAUAGGAAGUAGUUUACUAGCUCUAACAAAUGCCAGCUCUUACUAGCAAUUUUAUCAGUCUGGUUUAGUCCUGGAGUAGCCUUUCUGAAUAUGACUUUGAACUGUGUCCCUUCCCCCCAAAAGAGGAGGGGAUGCAGGGGAAGGGAGUCAUGGGUUCUGCAUUCUUGGAAGGUGCUAUCCUGAGAGUAUGAUCUGUAGUGGCUGAGGAUUAUUUCUUGAGCCAUUUGAAAAAUGAUGGCUGAAUAAACUGCCCAAAACUGUAAACCUACUUACUUGUUCCUUUCCCAGAUCCAAGUACUAGUAGAGACACCUAGUCUUAAUAUUUCUAAGCAAAGGUCUGUGUCUGUUUUUUUUUUUGAGUGGGAUCUUCUUCCUAGAGAUCACUGCUUUUUCACUGGUGGAAGCUGUACCACCUUUAUACCAGUAGAGUGCAUGAUAUUUUCAGUAAUCAAAACCAGACUAUCCUAGUUGGAGUGAAUGGUCUAGUGGAGAACAAGAAUGCCACUGUUUCACAUUUCUCCGAGUCCUCUAGGUGGCAGGCUUGGACAACAGUUUGCAUCUGACCCCUAACCAUGCAUGUGGCACAGACUCUGUAGAGGACUUUCAAGUAUUUGCCACUGUUUAAAGCAGCUGCUAAAACUUUUUGUGUGCUUUGUUUUCUUUUGCAUGUGGGGGUCAUUGUUGUUGUUUGUUUUUUAAAUGGUGACAAGUCCUGCUUUCAUGCAGUAUGCCAAGAAACUUGAGAACAUCAAACAGUGGCAGAUAAUAGUUCCUGAGCAAAGCAAUCUAGAGUGACCACCAGCAUCUGGGGGAACAUUUGUUCACCAGAGCGCCCCAAGGGAUGACGAGGUC